AGCUUCUGUCGAUUGCUUUGUAGUUACCGUUGACCGAACUUUCUUGCUGCUUUCAUCUCAGCAACCACUCUUUCCAGCCUGCAAACCUUUGCUUCCACACUCGCGGCGGUAUCAUUGAGUUCCGCCAUUGCUGUUGACGGCUCCCUACAUGGUGGAAGUUCGUUGCUUGCGGCUGAAGAGAGAGAGGUUUGAGAUUGAGACGAUGAGGUUUUGCCGUCUCCAGCAUCUUUACAGUCAACACCGUCGUGCUUGUGCGGAGGUUUCAACAUUUCCGCUAUUGCCAGUUUGCCUUAGAAAGUUUUUGCGGCAGUCACUGCCGCUUUAUAUUCAUCGGGAUCGAAGUGAAACCUGGAAGACCAUUCACUCACUCACCUCUAAGCUCGAGGCUUCAUCUCUCCCAGGCAACGUUAGGAAUGGGCAGUUCAAUGCAAAAGAGUAUAGUUCAAUGUAAUGUGGGAAACAAGAGCCCAGUAUAUGUUUGCUGUUUGUUUCCUGAUAAGGCAGAGUGUUGUCAACUCAAUUUGGAAUUUGAGGAAGCUCAUGAAGUUGUUUUCUCUGUCAUUGGUCCUCGAAGUGUUCACCUCACGGGUUACUAUCUGCCCAAUUCCUCCUCUAAUCAUCCCAAUGACGAAUCAGAAUCCUACGGGGAAGAUAUUGGAGAGUCAGACACAGAAAGAUCAGAGAAUAGUGAUGACAGCGAAUAUGGCGGCAGUUUUAUUAAUGAUGAUGAUCCACCAAAUAUCCCAUCUUCUCCAGACUUCACUGCUAAAGCAAAUGAAGAAAUCGUUGACUUAAAGAAAUCUAAGAAUGGGAAAGGAAUGCGGAGAAGGCUUAGAAAGAAGUACCAACUAAGUGAAUCCGAAAAUGAGGAAAGUUCUCAGCAAAAAGUUUUCACCAGUGCUGUUGCUGGUACAGAAGUAUUGGACAGUGAAUUUGAAGAUACCUUGCCUAUUUCCUCUUUCUGUAGGGUAAACAAUGCUUCGGACAGUGGAAAGGCUACUGUGGAGGAAAAAGCUAGGAAGGAAAUAGAUAAUCUUAACAACAAUGAGACUGAAGACAUUGUUUUAAUGUCGGAAGGGACUAAUGCUGCAAUAGGUGUUAGGCCUGAAAGUGAAUCAGGUGUCAGGAAUGAAGAAACACAGAAGCUUGUGCUUGGUGUUGAUGAUGGUAUGCCAAAGAAGAAAAGAGAAGUGCCGGUAAAGGAGGAAAGAUUUUCUGAAGAUGAUCAUGGCAUGACUGGAAAAACAGUAUUGGAACAAAAUGAGCAAAAUCAGAAGCUGGCCAGUAAUGAUGAAUCAGUUGUCAGGAAUGAAGAAGCACAAAAGCUUGUGCUUGGUGUUGAUGAUGGUAUGCCAAAGAAGAAAAGAGAAGUGCUGGUCAAGGAGGAAAGAUUUCAUGAAGCUGACCAUGGCAUGACUGGAAAGGCAGUAUUAGAACAAAAUGAGCAAAAUCAGAAGCUGCCCAGUAAUGAUGAAUCAGUUGUCCCGAAUGAAGAAACACAAAAACUUGUGCUUGGUGUUGAUGAUGGUAUGCCAAAGAAGAAACGAGAAGUGCUGGUCAAGGAGGAAAGAUUUCCUGAAGUUGAUCAUGGCAUGACUGGAAAAGCAGUAUUGGAACAAAAUGAGCAAAAUCAGAAGCUUGCCAGUGAUGAUGAAUCAGGUGUCAGGAAUGAAGAAACACAAAAGCUUGUGCUUGGUGUUGAUGAUGGUAUGCCAAAGAGGAAAAGAGAAGAGCUGGCAGAGGAAGGAUUUCCUGAAGCUGAUCAUGGCAUGACUGGAAAAGCAGUAGUGGAGCAAAAUCAAGAGCUUGCCUGUAAUGAGGAAGAGAACUUUCAACAUAGUCUCUUGCUAGCUUCCACUAAAGUGGCUCUUGAAGAUGGUGCAAAGCUAAAGAGGAAAAGAAAAGAACAGGUAGAAGAGAAAACAUUUGAAGACAAUGUUGCUGAAGAAGAUAAAGGCCAGAAAAACAGUUCAAAUAUGGAUGCCGUAACCCUGGAUGUAUAUGUGGAGGAUAAGGGCACUCAAAACCAAGUUAAUGAAAAGAAGAGGAAAAGGAAGAAAAGGCGCAAGAAUAAGGACAAUGGGGAUGCCAUGAAGAUUGAAGCACCUCUCUUAUCAGGCCUUGAAAGGGAUAGAUCUGUUGUGGACAUGGAUGGCCAGAAUGCUAAUGACAAGGCAAUUCAGCUGUCAAAUGGAAUGAUCAUUGAAGAGUUAGAACUGGGGAAACCAGAUGGCAAACUAGCUUCUCUUGGUAAAAAGGUUCGUGUCCGUUACACUGGAAAGUUGAAGGAGAGUGGAGAAGUAUUUUAUUCAAGCACUGGAAAAGCUCUGUUAAAGUUUCAGCUUGGUAGGGAAGAAGUUCCAGAGGUAUGGAAUGUUGGAAUUGAUGGUAUGCGAGUUGGUGGCAAACGUAGACUCACUGUUCCACCAUCAAUGAGUUAUAGAAAUGAAGGGGCUAGUGAGAAUAUUCCACCGGACUCGAGACUGGUUUUUGAUGUUGAAUUGGUUAAAGUCAGGUGAAAUGGUCGGCAGUGUUUGUUUUGUUUAGUCUUUGCUAAAGCUGGCUUGAUGCUUUUGACAAGUACAAGUUUUUGGUAAUGAGCUUAGAUACUUGCAACUAGUAGUUUAGCUUCUAGACUUGGGAUUGUACAAUGUCUGUUGCUUGGCAUGGGAAGGUUUGGAAAUAUGUAGCUUUGGCUUUAUGCAAUUAAAGUUCUUUUUUGUUGAAAAAAUAUGUAUAAUGCCUUUUAUAGAUUGUCAA